CUGGCCGAUCCUCUAAAACAAGACACAAGACCCUGAAACAAAACCUGACUGGGGCCGAUCGACUCUUUUAAAUUCUUGACUCCUGCACUGGGUCCCAAUUCCAGCGUUUUUUCAGGUCUAUCGAUUACCCGACUCCGCGCCGCAGCACCGUCCUGCCCGCGCUGCCCGCGCUCUCUGCUGGCUUGGUCUAAUCCGCCAUAAUCCGGGAAUCCCCCAUCAAAUGUUCACCCAGCCUGCGCCGCCGUCACCGGGCAUAUUGUCGCCUGCAUCUGCUACAGCAACCAUUUCCACCACCACUCCUGGUCGGACUAGUAGCAGACUAAGGGGCUUGAAUUACCUUCGCAACUAUACACAGACCCACAUCCUGUCGCGCGAUAGUGGUAGCAACAGUGCAAACAGCCAUCGCAACCAGGCCUCGGGACCCGUGUCAGUUCCAGUCACCGUCACAAUCCCAGCUGCCACUGCCAGCCAAAGUGGCCCCCCUGCUCAGUCCCGGAAUCCAUCCCUAACACGAGCAAACACCUAUUCACCUCCCGCCCGAAGCCAGCGAAUACAACGGUUUGCUAGCACAAAUACGAUCGACUAUAUUCAUUCCGACAUCGCCUCCGUCAUAACCCCGACAGACAUUUCUUCCACCAAUUCGGACCCAAACUCGACCGAGUCCAGCUCUGACCCCCAUCUCGACAGCGACUUGGGCCACGGCAAGUCAGAAGCCAAGGCGGCCAGGAAGAGAGGCCCAAAGACAGACCCCAUAUCCGACGGUCCUGACAUGACGCGUACGCGUUCAGCUACUACGGGCGACCUGUCCCACGAAAUGUUGCCAUCACUGAGGCUGUCGGCGUACUACGACCCCCGGUCUAAUCGCCAAUCGCUGUCAUUCACCCCCGUUUCACGCACACUACCCACUGGCUCCGAAAUUAUCAAAGUCGGCCGGUACUCAGAGAGGGAAAAUCAUGCGGCGGUGCCGGCGAACACGCCGUCGGCUGCCCCAGUGGGGUUCAAAAGCAAGGUUGUCAGCCGGAGGCACUGCGAAUUCUACUUCGAAAAUAACAAAUGGUUCAUUAAGGACGUGAAGAGCUCGUCCGGGACAUUCCUAAAUCAUAUCAGGUUGAGUCCUCCCGGCACCGAGUCGAAGCCCUUUCCCAUCAACGAUGGCGAUAUAGUGCAGCUCGGAAUUGAUUUCAGGGGCGGUGAGGAGAUGAUUUUCCGAUGCGUCAAGAUGCGAAUCGAACUCAACAGGGGCUGGCAGGCGAAACCUAACACGUUCAACAUGGCCACUCACAAGCGUCUAAGAAACAUGACGUCGGCUGCCUCCACGGCUUCACAUGCGCAAGACUGUUCGAUAUGCUUGAACGCAAUAGCACCCUGCCAAUCACUCUUUGUAGCACCAUGCAGCCAUACCUGGCAUUACAAGUGUAUUCGCGAGCUGCUCGUCGGCCCCUCGUGGCCCAUAUUCACCUGCCCGAACUGUCGAGCCGCCGCAGAUCUCGAUGCGGACGUCGAGGAGCCAUCCGAAGAGUGGCAACAACUUGAUUCGGGUGCCGAGGAUGUGGUUGAAGAGCCAAUAGCAACGGAGGCUUCGCCGCCCAGCAAUGCCGCUUCUACCCCUGACAGCACGCACGACGCCUCAAGUGCCGAGAGAGACUCGUUCGUCUCGGUUACUAGUGGGCCUAGUGAUGCUGCCGAUCGUACUGUUUUACUCGACAGCCCAGCGGUGGAGCAGCAGAGACACACGUCAUCCAGGUAUACUACGUCGAACCCGGUAUCGAUACCGAGCCCCGCACGGCCGCCGAAUAACGGCACAUUGUCUGCUAACAGAGGCACCCGAACACCGUCACCCAACGGACAACCCUUGGUCGUUGGCCACGAGGGCCCUAUGACCCCCCGAAAUGAUGCGGGACCGUGGGUGUUCGACGGAGAUGCUGGCCGGGCAUCUCAAGAGGCCUCGAGGCAGGGCAUCAGUCUGGACGGGGCGGCAGCACCAGUGGAAAACCCGGCAUAGAACGUCUUGGCCUUUAUGCUACGGUUCACUCGACGAGCCCGAAAACGAGAUGAUCACUAGUCAGGCUGUUGGGUGUACUCGGGUGGUGCUGUUACGGCAGUGAGUAGUGGAAGAUAAGGGCAGUGAUACCAGGUUGUUGGCGUUUCGGACCAGGGUGCAUCGUGGUUUUCAUGCAUUGA